UCAUCGAACCGGAGGUUGGGUGAUCCUCCAACGCGGCUCUUUCUGUAGUCACACGGGCCAGGAAGAAAAACAACCCAGGCCGGGACUUUGGAGCAAGGCGGUGUCCCCACCCCUCUGGUCGUGUCUGUAUACGUGUGUGUGCUCUGGCCGGUGCUCUUGUGAUUCGGGAACCGGGGGAAGAUGGCGGACCCGGCGGAGUGCACCAUUAAAGUUAUGUGCCGUUUCAGGCCAUUGAAUAGCUCGGAGGUGACGAGGGGGGACAAAUACAUAGCCAAAUUUCAAGGAGAGGACAGCAUCGUAAUCGGGGGUAAACCGUACGUGUUUGACAGAGUUUUCCAGUCCAACACGACUCAGGAGCAAGUGUACACGGCCUGCGCUCAACAAAUUGUCAAAGAUGUACUUGGUGGCUAUAACGGAACCAUUUUCGCCUAUGGUCAGACUUCCUCGGGCAAAACACACACAAUGGAGGGAAAUCUUCAUGACACAGAUGGAAUGGGAAUCAUUCCCAGAAUAGUGCAGGACAUCUUUAACUACAUCUACUCUAUGGAUGAAAACCUGGAGUUCCACAUUAAAGUGUCAUAUUUUGAGAUUUAUCUGGAUAAGAUUCGGGAUCUGUUGGAUGUUUCAAAGACUAAUUUAUCUGUACAUGAAGACAAAAACAGGGUUCCUUAUGUCAAGGGCUGCACUGAGCGAUUUGUUUGCAGUCCAGAGGAGGUGAUGGACACUAUUGACGAGGGCAAAUCCAACAGACAUGUAGCUGUGACAAACAUGAAUGAACACAGCUCCAGGAGUCACAGUAUCUUCCUGAUCAAUGUGAAGCAGGAGAACACACAGACAGAACAGAAGCUCAGUGGAAAACUCUACCUGGUCGACUUGGCAGGCAGCGAGAAGGUCAGUAAAACAGGAGCUGAAGGCGCUGUACUAGAUGAAGCCAAAAAUAUCAACAAGUCUCUGUCAUCGCUGGGCAAUGUGAUAUCGGCCUUAGCCGAGGGCUCGACAUACGUUCCAUACAGAGACAGUAAAAUGACAAGGAUCUUGCAGGAUUCUCUGGGUGGAAACUGCAGGACCACUAUCGUCAUCUGCUGUUCUCCUUCCUCAUACAACGAGGCCGAGACCAAAUCCACCCUUAUGUUCGGACAGAGAGCCAAGACUAUUAAGAACACAGUGUGCUUGAAUGUAGAGCUGACAGCAGAGCAAUGGAAGAAGAAAUAUGAGAGAGAGAAAGAACGAAACAAGAGUUUUCGAAACACUAUCACAUGGCUGGAGAACGAACUCAACCGCUGGAGAAAUGGUGAAACGGUACCUGCAGAGGAGCAGUUUGAUAAGGAGAAGAUGAAUGCUGAAGUGUUGGCGCUGGAUAACACAAUUAACAAUGAUAAAUUUGCAUCCACACCAAGCAUGCCGCCCGCGCCAGGGAUGCUCGGGGCCCGACUCAACGAUGUUGAGAAGGAAAAAUGUGAGGUUGAACUCACUAAACUUUACAAGCAGCUUGACGACAAGGAUGAAGAGAUUAAUCAGCAGUCUCAGCUGGUGGAGAAGCUCAAGCAACAGAUGUUGGACCAGGAAGAGUUGCUGGCCUCGUCACGAAGAGACCAUGAUAACCUGCAGUCAGAGCUGACUCGUUUACAGCUGGAGAACGAUGCAUCUAAAGAGGAGGUGAAGGAGGUGCUGCAGGCCCUGGAGGAGCUCGCUGUCAACUACGACCAGAAAAGUCAGGAGGUGGAGGACAAAACCAAGGAGUUUGAAGCCCUCAGCGAAGAGCUUGGUCAGAAAUCUAGUAUCCUAGCGUCUAUAGACUCAGAGCUGCAGAAACUGAAAGAGAUGGCCAAUCACCAGAAGAAGAGGGUGACUGAGAUGAUGUCGUCACUGCUCAAAGAUCUGACUGAGAUUGGCAUUGCUGUGGGGAACAAUGACAUCAAGCAACAUGAAGGCAGUGGUCUUAUAGACGAAGAGUUCACUGUAGCCAGACUCUACAUCAGUAAGAUGAAGUCAGAAGUCAAGUCGAUGGUCAAACGUUGCAAGCAGUUGGAAAACACUCAGUCUGAGGGCAACAAAAAGAUGGAUGAAACUGAGAAGGAGCUUGCAGCAUGCCAGUUACUCAUCUCCCAGCAUGAGGCGAAAAUUAAAUCUUUGACGGAGUAUCUGCAUAAUGUGGAGCAGAAGAAGAGACAGAUUGAGGAGGAAGUGGACUCUCUCAAUGAGGAGCUGGUCAAAAUCAGUGCUCAGGAGAAAGUCCAUGCAAUGGAGAAAGAGAGUGAGAUUCAGAGUGCCAAUGAGGUGAAGGAUGCGGUUGAGAAGCAGAUCCACAGUCACAGGGAAGCCCAUCAGAAACAGAUCAGCAGCCUGAGAGACGAACUGGAAACCAAAGAGAAACUCAUUACAGAGCUACAAGAUCUGAAUCAGAAGAUCUUGUUGGAGCAGGAGCGAUUGAGAGUAGAACAUGAGAAACUCAAAUCCACUGAUCAGGAGAAGAGCCGCAAACUACACGAGCUCACUUUGAUGCAGGACCGCAGAGAACAGGCCAGACAGGAUCUGAAAGGCUUGGAGGAGACUGUGGCCAAAGAGCUGCAGACUCUCCACAACCUCAGGAAAUUGUUUGUUCAGGAUCUGGCGACUCGUGUGAAGAAGAGUGCAGAGAUGGACUCAGAUGAAACUGGUGGCAGUGCUGCUCAGAAGCAAAAGAUCUCUUUCCUGGAGAACAAUCUAGAACAACUCACCAAGGUCCACAAGCAGCUGGUGCGUGAUAAUGCUGACCUGCGCUGUGAGCUUCCUAAACUUGAGAAGCGUCUGCGGGCAACGGCGGAGCGUGUGAAGGCUCUAGAGUCAGCUCUCAAAGAGGCCAAAGAGAACUCAGCCCGUGACCGCAAGCGCUACCAGACAGAGGUGGACCGCAUUAAAGAGGCAGUGAGAGCCAAAAACAUGGCCCGCAGAGGACACUCCGCACAGAUAGCUAAACCCAUCAGGCCUGGUCAGCAACCUGUAGCUUCUCCUACACACCCCAACGUGCUGCGUGGAGGCGGUGGCGUGCUCUACCAGAACAGCCAACCUAUGCCUAUCAGAGGAGGUGGCGCUAAACUAGAGAAAAGGUUUGCACAGUCUUUAGUAAAGAAUCUGGCGUUUGUUUGAAGAAAGACCAUAAAGGGAGCACAAUUGCUGACCCACUUCUAGUGCAACAGUCUAGUUUUUGGAACAUUCAGUGUCUAAUAGUUACAGUUAUUAUUAUUAUCAAGGGCCCCUCAUGGGAGUAUAAAAAUCCUUUGGUUUGUUAAGCACAGCUUUUUUGUAUCCUGCAUUCUCACUGCCAUUUCAUUUUGUUUUGUUUAGCUGAAGACGAGUUUUUUCCUCACUACCGAAGAUGCAAGAACACACGGAAAUCUGUCAUUCCAUUAAUAUAAUCCCUCCUGCUGGUGCACAUGGGAGGACGUCUGAAGGGAAAUAUUCAUGGCUGUACAGUUCCACUCCCCAUCUUUGUUUUUUUUUCUUUCCUCCAAAGCAAAUUGUUUUAGAAAUAUUGCACCCUCACACUCGCACUAAACAUGAUAUAAAAAAAGAAA